AGAUAUUACAGUGACACCAACCAACAUUUUCAAACUAUCAUCAUUAUCGAGAUUUCGUCGUAUUAAAAGUUUUCAAAAAAAUAAACAAACAAAUUGAAAUCCCCUACUUUACUUUUCUUUUCUCUCUGCUCUCUGUCUAAAGAUGGAGUCCGAGCCAGACCAAAGCUUCAAAGACCUCUCAUGGUUUCUUCAAGCUAUCAAAGACCCACAACAAACUUGCCUCAAUCUCCAAACCCUAUCUUUCUCCUCUUCCAGAAAUACCACGCAUUGUCGGCUAAUAACAGAGAGCUCCAUGAACAUCAACGUCACCAGAGGCAACCUCACUUCACUCUCCCAGAUCUUCAUCGAGCUAGCGACUUCUGUAGAGACGCAUACAUCUCUCAGGAACUUGGAAUUCGAAGGAAUCUCUUGGGAAACCGAGCUGUUGCAGAGCCUUGGUUUGUUGUUAGACAACACCUCGAAGAUAAAGCAGCUUGCUUUCAGAAAGAACAGGUUCAGUGAACAAUGUCUGAACGAGCUCUCAGAUAUUUUGAAAAGAAACAGUUGUAUGAAAGAGCUUAUGUUCUCAGAGUCGAGAGUUGGAUACAGAGGAGCUACGCUUCUCGGAUCCGCUCUUCAAGUUAACGAUUCGUUAGAGGAAUUGCAGAUUUGGGACGACUCAAUUGGUUCAAACGGAGCUGAAGAGCUCUCAAAGAUGAUUGAAACCAACUCAAGUUUGAAACUUUUCUCCAUUUUCGACUCGAGUCCUUUCACUGCGUCGCCAUUGAUAUCUGCUGUUUUGAGUAUGAACAGAGAAAUGGAGGUUCAUGUGUGGAGUGGAGAUCACAAACGAGACAGAAGCUCAAAGAUCGUUGAGUUCUUACCUGAGAGCAACACUCUGAGGAUUUACCAUAUGGACAUUUCUGGUUCUUGCAGAGUCGUUGCAGCGCUGGGACUUAACACAACCGUGAGCUCUCUAGAUAUGACGGGCGUGAAGCUAAACUCGCGGUGGGCGAAGGAUUUUAGAUGGGUUUUAGAGCAGAACAAGACUCUUAGAGAAGUGAAACUUUCGAAAACCGGUCUUAAGGACAAAGCGGUUGUUUAUGUUGCAGCUGGACUUUUUAAGAACAAGAGCUUGCAUAGUUUGUAUGUUGAUGGAAAUCGUUUUGGGGGUGUUGGUGUCGAGGAUUUGCUUUGUCCAUUGAGUAGAUUCUCUGCUCUGCAAUUACAAGCUAAUAUCACAUUGAGGUCAAUUGUGUUUGGAGGUUCCAAGACAAAGAUUGGAAGAGAUGGACUUACCGCGGUUUUAAAGAUGGUGACAACAAAUGAGACUGUGGUUCAUCUUGGUAUUCACGACGAUGCGAGUCUGGGACCUGAUGAUUUCAUACAUAUCUUCAAGAGCUUGCAGAAGAACGCGUCUUUAAGACGGUUUUCGUUACAAGGCUGCAAAGGGGUAAGAGGUGAUAGAGUAUUGGAGGCAAUCACAGAGACAUUGCAGAUUAAUCCAUUGAUUGAGGAAAUCGAUUUAGCGAGAACUCCGCUUCAAGAUUCAGGUAAAGCAGAUGAGAUUUAUCAGAAGUUGGGACACAAUGGUAGGAAUAUAGAUGAAGCAGAGAGGGAUGAUUCACUCAAGGAUAUGCCACUAACUGAGCCAAAGAGCAUUAGAGCUUUCCUAUGUGGACAAGACUAUGCAGGCAAGACAACACUCUGCAAUUCUAUACUGCAAAUUUCCUCUUCUUCCGGUUUUCCUUAUGUGGAGAAUGUGAGAACUUUGAUGAAUCCUGUGGAGCAAGCUGUUAAAACAGGUGGUGGGAUGAAAAUAAAGACAUUCAAGGACGAGGAGACAAAGAUCUCGAUGUGGAAUCUCGCGGGGCAGCAUGAGUUCUUUGCUCUUCAUGAUUUUAUGUUCCCAAACCCAUCUCUCUUCUUGAUCAUAUUGAGCUUGUUUAGGAAACCGAGCAAUAAAGAACCCAAAACACCAGCAGAAGUUGAAGAAGAGCUUCAAUACUGGCUUAGAUUCAUCGUUUCCAACUCGAGAAAAGCGGUUCAACAGUGCAUCAAACCGAAUGUCACAAUUGUUCUCACUCACUCCGACAAAAUCAAUCUGCAAUCUGAGAGCUUUCAGACAACUGUUGGUUGCAUUCAGAGACUGAAAGAUAAGUUUCAAGCGUUAGUGGAUUUUUAUCCGACUGUAUUCACAGUUGAUGCAAGAUCAUCUCCUUCGGUUAGUAAACUCUCACAUCAUAUUCGGAUGACUAGCAAAGCCAUUCUUCAGAGAGUUCCUCGGGUUUAUCAGCUCUGCAGUGAUAUGGUACAGCUCUUAUCAGACUGGAGAUCAGAGAACUCAAACAAACCUGUUAUGAGAUGGAAAGCCUUUGCAGAUCUCUGCCAGUUUAAGGUUCCUUCCCUGAGAAUAAAGUCUCGCAACGAGAACAUUGAGAUUGUAGAGACGAGGCGGCGAGCCAUAGCCACAUGCCUUCACCAAACAGGAGAGGUGAUUUACUUUGAUGAAUUGGGGUUUUUGAUACUAGACUACGAGUGGUUUUGUGGUGAGGUUCUUGCUCAAUUGAUAAAGCUUGAUGUAAGAAAGCAAAGCACUGGGGAAAGAAAUGGUUUUUAUAGCAGGAAAGAGCUAGAGAAGAUUUUGAAAAGUAGUUUACAGAGUCCAAUUCCAGGGAUGGCCUCAAAGAUACUCGAGCACUUUGAUGCGUGUGACCUUGUGAAGAUGAUGAAGAAAGUAGAAAUUUGUCAUGCACAAGACCCUUCCAGUCCUGAAUCUUCAUUGUUAGUCCCAUCGAUUCUAGAAGAAGGCAGAGGAAAGACACAGAAAUGGCAGAUAAACACACAUGACUGUGUUUAUUCAGGCCGGCAUCUCCAGUGCGAUGAUUCAAGUCACAUGUUUCUCACAGCUGGAUUCUUCCCUCGUUUACAGGUGCAUCUUCACAACAGAAUCAUGGAGCUGAAGAACCAACACGGGGCGACUUAUAGUCUUGAGAAGCACCUCAUCGCGAUAACAAUCCAUGGCAUUAACAUUAGAGUGGAGAUUGGAGGACAGUUGGGAAAUUACAUUGAUGUUCUUGCUUGUUCAACAAAGAGCUUGACAGAAACUCUGAGGCUCAUUCACCAGCUAAUCAUUCCGGCUAUCCAGAGUAGCUGUCAAGGUGUAAUCCUCCUUGAGCACAUCAUAAGACCACAAUGCGUCCAGGACUUGACUCCGCCGCGAUUCCGACAAAGUCAGUUUGUUUCCCUCCAGAGACUAAAAGAAGCAUUAUCAUCUGUUCCUGCAGAAACUAUGUAUGACUAUCAACACACAUGGGAUUCUGUUCUAGAUUCAGGUAAGACUGUUUUAAGAGCCGGGUUUGAUUUAGCUCGCGACCUCCUCUCUGAUGAUGAUUUCAGAGAAGUAUUGCAAAGAAGGUACCAUGAUCUGCACAACUUAGCCCAAGAGCUACAAGUUCCCACCGACGAAAACCCCGAAGCAGAUAAUCAUGUACCGGUGACCAAUGAGCUGGAAAAAGUUGAUCCUAGCUUUGGUGGAAUCGCCAAGGGUGUAGAAGCAGUACUUCAGAGGCUGAAGAUUAUCGAGCAAGAGAUACGAGACCUGAAACAAGAGAUCCAAGGACUGAGAUACUAUGAGCACAGACUUCUGAUCCAGCUUCAUCACAAAGUGAAUUACCUUGUCAACUAUAAUGUCCAGAUGGAUGAAAGAAAAGUUCCCAACAUGUUUUUCUUCAUCAGAGCAGAAAACUACGGGAGAAGACUGAUCACAUCAAUGGUCCCGGGCAUGGUUGCUUUAAGGGUACACAUGUUAUGCGAAUUUAGACGGGAAAUGCACGUUGUAGAAGAUCAGCUUGGGUGUGAUGUGAUGCAGAUAGACAACCAAGCUGUGAAGUGCUUGGCUCCAUACAUGACAGGCUUCAUGGCGCUGGUGACUUUUGCAUUGAGGAUAGGAGCAAACUGGGCAGCUGGGAUGGGACACAUGAUACCUGACUUGGGCCAUGCUAUCGCUCACCUAGCCAACCCAGCUGUCAUGACUGGAGCGGCCGGAGCUGCAGGAGCCAUAGGGGUCGCUGCUGCAUUGGGUAGGAACCGAGGCAGAGAUAGACAUCUUCAGGAGCAAGACCAAAGAGCAGCUCAACAGUGGCUCAUCGAUUACUUGAGGGAACAGAAUUGCUCAACCGGGAAAGAUAUCGCAGAAAAGUUUGGCCUGUGGCGAGUUAGAUACAGAGACGAUGGGUCCAUUGCCUGGAUCUGCAAACGGCAUAUGAUCAACAGAGCCAAUGAAGUGAUCCAAGUUCCUCUCUAAUGCUUGCUUGCUAUAGCUAUAAAUAAAAUAGUAAGAGAGAGUAUUUUAAUUAGGCAAAACCAUUUUUAUGAAAUUAUGUUACCUUGUGAUAAUGUUUUGAAUCCUUACUUAGUUACUGUUGUAUCCCUUAUCUUUAUAAGUACGUACAUAAGAUUAUGUCAAGGCAAAA